UGAUUUUAUAGAAAAAUAUAUGGUUUAAAAUCUAUUCAGUAGGUUGAUAGAUACCAUAUUGAUUUGAAGUUGUAGUGGUUAGGUGAAUAGAAAGCGAUGCCGAUUUAAACUUCUUUUCAGAUUCUUCAAUAAUAAUUUUGAUAAUAUCAACAUAUGAAACACAUAAAAUGGAUGGCAUUGGGUUAUAUCAUACAUUUUUACAAACACAUCAACCGCAACUUAAGUCUUCCGGAAUACCAAAAAUAUUUUGGGAAGCUGUAUUUAACAAAUUAAAAAAUCAAGAUUUCGAUGCUGGUCUUGUAUUUCAAUUAGCAAGAAUCGAUUAUGAAGAUAAUGAAAGAGAGCCGAUGGAUCCUAUUUGGAAAUUAUUUGUUUCUGCAGAAAAUGGUAUCUCUGUGAGAGAUCCAAAUAAUAUAUAUUUGGUGGAUCAUGCGUGGACUUAUGAUACUCUUCAUGCGAGACAAAAUUUAACGAAUGUACCAGGUCUUCUAGACCGAAUGUGCUCUCUUAUGGGAUAUGAUAUUGAGAAUGAGGAGAAUGAAAAGAUUGAAUUUGUAUUGAAGGAAAUGUGGAGGUAUAAUCAGUCAUUUUCUCUCAAUAGUGGCUCUGUAGAAGAUAGAAUGCCUAUCUGGUAUAUAAUGGAUGAACUCGGAUCUGCUAUAAACCAUAGCGAUGAUCCUAACUUUAGAACUGUACCAUUUCUUUAUUUACCAGAAGGCGUAACAUAUACGCUUUUAUUUCCUGUAAAGAAUGUAAAGUUCGAGGAAGAAGUUACCAGAGAUUUUGUGGAAGGUCAAACUAAUGAUUUAAAGAAAAGACAAGCAUUACUAUUACCAUGGGUAGAUAAUUCUUUCAUCAAUAAAAGUUUUGUCCAAGAAAAACCAAACGAAGACUAUUUUUUGGCUGGUCAUAUAUUAGAAGAUAUGCCAGAAAAAAUAAAUGUAGAAACUAUUGUACGAAGACCAAAUGAAAAACUGAAAGUUUAUUCUCAAUAUAAUUAUGUAAAUAAUUAUUUGACAGAUUCUGCAUUUGAAAUUGUAGAAACGGAAGAAGAUGCAGAUAUUUUAUGGUACACAUCUCAUUUCAAAAAAUACAAAGAAUUAAGUAUUCGCGCGCCUCAUGUUUUUGUGAAUCAAUUUCCUUUUGAAAAUGUCUUGACAAUAAAGGAUCUUUUGUGUAUCGUAUGUAGACGCAAGGCAUUAGAGAAAUCUUACGAUGCGGAUACACUCGAAACUUAUCCAAUAUGGUUACCAACAACAUUUAAUUUGAGCACGGAAUUGGUACAAUUUGUCGCGUAUUUUGAACAACGAGAAUCGAAGAAUUUAGAAAACUUUUGGAUCUGCAAACCAUGGAAUUUGGCAAGAGGAUUGGAUACUCAUAUUACAAGCAAUCUUUUUCACAUUUUAAGAUUACCUAGUACUGGUCCGAAAAUAGCACAAAGGUAUAUAUCAAAACCUGUAUUAUAUGAUAGACCAGAUGUAGGUUUAGUUAAAUUCGAUAUACGAUACGUCGUCAUGCUAAAAUCCGUCUCACCAUUGAAAGCGUACGCCUAUGCUAAUUUCUUCUUGAGAUUUGCUAACAAAGAAUUUGCUUUAAAUAAUUUCGACGUAUAUGAGCAACACUUUACAGUAAUGAAUUAUUCCGAAAAUACACAACUUUGUCAUUUGAAAUGUGCUGAUUUUAUUCUGGAAUGGGAAAAACAGUAUCCUGAUUACCCUUGGACGACAUUUGUUGAGCCAACAAUUUUAAGUAUGUUUAAAGACGUUUUUGAAGCCGCAGUUGAAGCACAACCACCGAAAGGAAUCGCUCAUUUUCCUCAAAGCAGGGCUGUUUACGCUGUCGAUUUGAUGUUGGAAUGGAAUAAGGACAAGAUGCAACCUAUUCUUUUAGAAGUUAAUUUUGCACCGGAUUGCAAGAGGGCUUGUGAAUAUUAUCCAGACUUCUAUAACGACAUAUUUAGAUGUCUUUUCUUAAAUGAUUUUCAUCCUGACGUCUUCCAUGAUUUAUUCCCGGUAUCAUCGCCGGAUAAUUAAAUAUUGUUAUUCAUUAAACUCUAAAAACAAAGUGUAUCCCAAGUGUAAUCAACUUUCAUAAGUAUCGAAAAGCUAUUAGCGACAGUAGCAAGAAUAUUGCUGUCGCGACCAAGGGCGUUUAUUUAUUUAGAAUACGAGAGCCUUACAUUUCGUAUGCGCUAAUGAGGAGAAGUAACUCUGGUUAAUCUGUAUAUACGAGCGUUAAAGGUACAUUUGCAACCUGAAUUAUUCGUACCUUGCAUAAAUUGACACUACUGUAGGAAGUCUGCCGCAACACUUAAUGGAAUAAUAAACGAGGAAACAAUUAGACCAGUUUCAUGUCAUAGCUCAUGGUCACCAUGUAACCUUGUGCUCUGGUAGCAUACGGUUAGACACUGUUAAUGAAGAAAGGCCUGUAGAUGGUACUACGUAUAAUAUAUCUCCAGUCGCUCGUCUGCUAUAAAAUUUGACUAUCAACAAAAGUUGACCAGUUAAUCUUAGCAAACAUAAUACGAAUUUUGUUUUCUUAGAAAGAAAAUAAAUAACUAAGAUUUAAUAUGAAUGUACGGGAAAGUUGGAUCGCAUGUUUGGACAAUCGAACGUGAGCUUUCAAAGUUAUAUCACGCUUUCGAGAAGUAUUCCAGGUCGACAUAUUUAUACCAUUUUUAUUGGACGAUGUGUUGCUUCAUUUUGUAUUUAUUACACAGUUAAAAUUUAUAGAUAUACCUUGUCUGUGAAUACAUCGUUAACCCGAGCGAUUAUUUUUUAAAUUAUUUUUUGUUUGCUCGCUUUCAGCCCGUCCGCCUGGUCUCUCUGCGCCGACUACAAUCAUUCCCGGUAAUAACGGAAUUGCACAGUGUAUUUUGUUAAUUAUCUUCGUAUCCGUUAUUCGCUUGUUUGACAAUGCCGCUCAACAGUGCGCGUAUCCGUGAAACCAUUGUUCUCAUAUUUUCCAUAGUAAAUACGAGUUUUUAAGUUUCUCUAGAUUAAUGUUAUACACACACGUAAUGUUUAAAUGAAUUCAAUGAUAACAUCCUGUAAUAUUUUUAUUUUCUUUUAUUUUUAAACGCUAUACAAUAUACCUUUAAUCUAUUAGCGCGUUAUUGUUACGUAUAAAUAUAUAAAAAUAUACGAAAUGUUCAGUAUUAAACGAAGAUAUCAUCAAUCUGAAGAUAUCGAUGAUUUCGUGAAUUAUAUUAGAAUAUUUUUCAUCCUAUAAUCUCGCUAACAACCUAUUACACGAACUAUUUGUUAAUCGCGCAUGACAAAGAAACAUUUGUAAAAGUUUAUAACAACAUUUGUAAUUCAGGCGUUUAUAAAAUAUUUAUAAAAGCUUACAACAAAAGCAA